AAACAUAACCUCUCAAACAAUAUUUGCAUAUAUAAAUUCGUAGCGCUUUAAAAUGUAGACAAAUACUGUUUUCAUUGUAGAUAUUGAACAUUUCAGUUCAUUAUGGAAAUACAGUACGCUUAUACUAAGAAGAGGUCCGAGUUUGGGCGUCAGUGCCUCUUUGUUGAUGAGGGUCCCAAAUUAUUGGAAAACGUAACUCCUAACAAAGAGGAGCUUAACAAGUACAUAUUUAAGAAUCCCGUUAGUCGAAGCACGCAGUGCAGCAGCGUCCUCGCUGAACAUGAGUUAAACACGAUAAGAGCUCAAUAUGAUCAACAUGGAAUGAAUCACACUGAAGGGGGAUGGCCACGUGAAGUCAACCCAGCAGAUGAAGAACAAACAUUGAGAUUUAAGAAAAAGAUUGAAAAGGAUGAGAUGUAUAUUCAUACUGUAUUACAGCUUACACAUGCAAUGGAACACUGUAUACUACAAAACAAUGCUAUUAAUAUUUAUGAAGAAUAUUUUGAAGGUGUUGAAUCAGCUACAAUUAUGGAACGUUGCUCAGCUCGUACACUCAAUGUUUAUCGAGAUCCAAAUAAAGUGAACCAGCCUGUCACUCAUCUGUCGUGGUCUCCAGAUGGUGGAACUCGGCUUGCAGUAUCACACUGCAACUUGGAAUUCCAAAGAUCACCACGUCAUCUAUCCACUUUCUCUUAUAUAUGGGAAGUAGAUACUGCUUUACCUGCAGAGAAUCCAAAUAAGCCUCAGCUUACACUGAAGCCUGCAGUGCCAAUAGUCUGCCUAGAAUAUAACCCUAAAGAUCCAAACUGCUUAGUCAGUGGUAUGUUCAGUGGACAAGUGGCCUUCUGGGAUGUAAGAAAAAGCUCAACACCUGCGGGUAUGAGUGCUUUAGAGCCUAGUCACAGAGAUCCUGUUUACAGUGUUUUAUGGAUAAAUUCCAAGUCAGGAACUGAGUUUUUCUCUUCAUCUACUGAUGGACAGAUUAAAUGGUGGGAUACCAGGAAAUUAAAUGAACCAAAUGAAACACUAAUACUUGAUGUGGUCAAAGGAGAAGAGCAAGUUUUAAGUCGAGCCCUUGGAGCUUCAUGUCUAGAAUAUGAAGGGACAAUUCCAACACGUUUUAUGGUUGGUACAGAAAAUGGAUGUGUCAUUAGUUGCAACCGUAAAGGAAAAACUGCUGCUGAAAAAAUUGUGUCCAAGUAUACUGCACAUGUUGGGCCUGUGUAUGCCCUUCAAAGAAAUCCAUCUUUCCUUAAAAAUUUCCUGACCAUUGGAGACUGGAUGGCACGCAUUUGGUCAGAAGACUGCAAGGAAUCAUCAAUAAUGUGGACAUGCAAUCAUCAAGCUCAACUUACAGAUGGAGCAUGGAGUCCAACAAGAUCUUCCGUGUUCUUCACUACAAGAAUGGAUGGUACACUUGAUGCCUGGGAUAUUCUACAGGAGCAAAGGGAAGCUGUGAUCAGUGUAAAGGUCUGUGACUAUCAGUUGAGAAGCCUUAGGGUACAUGACCAGGGUCAAUUAGUUGCAGUUGGUAACAAUUUGGGGACUUCGUACCUUGUGGAGUUCAAUGAAAGCCUUGCUACAACACAGCGCAAUGACAAAGCUCUAUUAACUGCUAUGUUGGAACGUGAAAGUCGCCGUGAAAGAAUACUUGAAGCAAGAAAUCGAGAGAUAAGACUGCGUCAAAGAACAAAGAUGGCUGAAAGCUUACACAGAGAUAUUUCAGGCAAAGAGACAAUAAAUACACCCUCCAUAAUCUUGGAUUCUGCUGUCAAGAAUGCUGAGAAAGAUUUUUUCACUAUUAUUGAAUUGGAAUUGGCUGCAAUACAAGCUGCAGCAGAAGCACAUGAAGUAGAAGAAGAAUAUGAAAUUAAAGCUGAAGCACUAAUUUCAGACAAAACUAAAAAGAAAGAAACUAUAUUUAUGGUAGAUGAACUUAAAGGUGAAAAUUCUGAAGAUGAAUUUGAAGGUGAAGAUAUGGAUAAAGAUACAGAGGGGACAAAUGAAUCAUAGGAAACUGAAAAGUACAAGUUUGGGAUGGCCUGCAAUAGCAUAAUGCUCAUAUCAAAUUUCAUCAAAAACUAUUGUUUCUUCAGCUGAAACAUAUGGACAGAUGAACAGACAUGAUCAGCCUAAUAUUUAAUCACUUUAUGCACAAUGUACAAAGAACACAUAAAAGGUGUCAGGGUAAAGAGGUAUCUAAUUCCUAAAUAUUUCUCUGCCUAAUAUUUUGAUUCAUCACACAACCGUUCUGUGCCAUAAUACAAUAUUCCAAUACAAAAAGUACACUGUGAAUAAAAAUUGUCAUGUAAAAGGUAUAAAUAUAAUAUGAACUAAG